UUCAAUGUUCAGCAUGCAUGCGCAGUAGAGGCUGCUUCACCGCCUGGACCCUCCUACCCUCUCCAGUUCCUAUGUACGCUCUACGCUUGUUUCUAGGGGGUGAUGUGCGCACUUUGCAGUGAUUCCGCGCUAAACAGAAGGAAAAAGGAGAACGUCUGCCAGGGAAAGUGUGGAGACAGGUUUUAGUAUUUUGUAGCUUCUUGAUAAAAUUUUUUAAAAUGUCUGGAUUAUCCGGAACGGAACAGGAGGGUUGCAGGAAAAUGCUAAGCCUUCUGUCAUAUUCCGAUUUAAUGGCACUUUGUGAUACUGUCACUAACAAAUUGAUUACGGUGGUAAGCACUGGAGAGGCAAUGGACGCGAUCUUGACAUGCAGUAAGAGUGCUGAAGAAUUACUGAAGCGAAGGAAGGUGUAUCGUGAAGUUAUAUUUAAGUACCUGAUCAGUGAGGGUAUUGCCAUGCCUCCCGACGCCGACAAGAAUCAGCUUGCGAGGAGGGCCAUGCUGUUUUGGGCUUUGAAUUCGAGGGUAAAAUCAAAUAAGGCCUCUUAUGUUUCAACACCAGCAGAUGAGGAAAUGGAUUUUUCAAGUGCAGGGGAAGAGAUCAGUGCGUGUGACUACAUGGCCCUGGGAAAGCAGUUCUGUCAGUGGUUCUACAACCCCGUGAACACCCAGAAUCCCACACUGGGUCAAGAACCACUGCACUGGGGUCCCCAGCAUUUUUGGGAGGAUGCAUGGCUGAUUCUUUGUUACAGCGCAGAAGUGCAGAAAAUUGACAGGUUUCAGGGGGCAGAGCUGGUCAGCCAGAAUCUCCUCGCUCUCGUAAGGGACGAGAGACUCUUCUUCAGCCCCAACCUGGAGCCCCACGGACUGAAGUGCGAAGCCACUCCCCACGGGCUGGUGAUGGCGGCGGUCGCCGGAACAAUCCACCGCGAACAGGCCUGUCUGGGAAUCUUCGAGCAGGCGUUCGGCCUCAUACGCUCCCCACUGGACGCCAACAGCUGGAAGAUCAAGUUUACACAUUUGAGAAUGAGAGGGCAGAAUGAACUCACUGGAGGAGAGGAAAUGACAUCACCAGCAGUAACAUACAGCUCAAACGAACUCCUGUCGCUCUGUGAACGAGGAUUAUAUUUCUAAUAUGUAGUUGCGUUGAACUUGUGUGAAACUGAGCACUUUGUACAAAUGGUUGAUGUUUAUACUCCUGGAAUGGGACUACAGAGAAUAUGUACAUAUUUUAUGACGUAUUACAUAUUUUUACAAUCUGCUUUUCAUGUGACAAAUACCAAUUGUUAAUCAAGUUUCAGAAUAUCAUUGUGGAUGUUUUAUUUUGCUUUCAAGUCUGAUAUUCCCCAUUCAUUUGAAUGGGAGCUCCAAUGUUCUGCCCUCAACAUGCACAGUACUUCUGGGAUUUCACAAUCUUAGGUUAGCUGAAGGCAUGCUUUCUUAGUUAAAUCUGAAUGCCUUUGCUUAUGUUGAUCCUGCAAUGUAAUUGUUGACAUUUUAGGUUACAGCCAGCAGGGGGUGCUACUGUAUCUAUAUUUGGAUACAUGAUAUAAUUUAUUGUCUUUUAUAAGCAUAAAUUAUUAACACUGUGAAAUUAACAACAAUGGCAUAGCCUCUCAGAACACAGAGAUCACAAAUAAACUUGAGAAAUAACAGG